AUGCCGCGCCCUUCUGUCGUCUGCGAGAUUUCCCCUCCCCGCGAACUGAACCCCGCCUACCGACCCCAAAUCACCGCCUGGCUCGCCGAAGACACGCCCUCCUUCGACGUCGGCGGCUUCGUCGUCGGCGAAGUGCCCCGCACCGCCAUCCUCUGGGGCAAGUCCGCCGGCAUCCUCGCCGGCGUCCCUUUCGGCUCCGGGCCCGAACCCCUCGGCAAGGUGCGCCUCGCCACCGUCGAGGGCCCCGCCCGCGGCCUUUUGCUCGGCGAGCGCGUCGCCCUCAACUUGCUCGCCCGCUGCUCCGGCAUCGCGAGCUAUAGCCGCGGCCUGCUCCUCAACUUGCGCGGCGCCGGCUACACGGGUAUCCUCGCCGGCACCCGCAAGACCACCCCGGGUUUCGCCUCCUCCAUGGUCAUGCUCAAGGAUAACCACGUCUGGAGCCGCGGCAGCAUCACCGACGCCGUCACCGCCGCUCGCAGCGCCGCGGGUUUCAGCGUCAAGAUCGAGGUCGAGGCCCAGUCCGAGGCCGAGGCCGACGAGGCUAUUGCCGCCGGCGCCGACAUCGUCAUGCUCGACAACUUUACCGGCGCUGGCGUCAAGGUCGCCGCCAAGAGCCUCAAGGAGAGGUGGGCUGGCAAGAGGCAGUUCCUCCUCGAGGUCUCGGGUGGCCUGAGGCUCGACAAUGCUGAGCAAUACGUCACUCCUUAUGUCGAUAUCCUCUCCACCAGCUGCAUUCACCAGGGCGUGCCCCACGUCGACUUUUCCCUCAAGAUCCAGCCCCCAGCCGACUGCUGCGUAAUCACGAGCACCUCGUAA